GGCUAACCUUGUCAUAUUUUAAAACGUUGAUAAUAAUAAAUUUUUUUUUUUCCAAAGCAAAACAUUGGGAGUCCCAAUCUCAACCUUGUGUCUAUCAGCAUAUUAUUUGAUUUUGCCGUCCAAGGAACAUUAUAGUACUGUAAUUGGGAAUUUCUUCCGAUCUCAAAUUAUUCUACAGAUGUUGUAAUUUGUGCAUAUGGAAGACCCCAAUAGACCUGUCACUGGUUAUCCUGUCAAUACCAAUGGUUACUCCAUUAAUCCGCCACCGACUGGCACUGCUUAUCCCUAUGCCGCCCCCAAUUCCUACACCAGUUACCAAAACUACCCAUACUCCCAACAAAGUUACCAACCUGACCCUGCCUUGGUCCGACGCGCCACCUGUGUCCGCCGCAUCUUUGCAUUUAUUGUAGGACUUGUCAUCAUCUCUGGUACCAUCGCCUUCAUUGCUUGGAUUGUCCUCCGCCCCCAGCUUCCUGAGUUCCGGGUCGACUCAUUUUCGUUCUCCAAUUUUAUUAUUACCAACGAUUCUCUUGUUUCGUUUACCUCAGAAGCCCGGCUUACUGCGCGGAACCCGAAUAAGAAAAUGACAGUUGAUUACGAUCAUAUCGUGGCCAUGAUUUUAUACAAAUCAGAGACCCUUUCGGAUACUACUGUUCCACCCUUUUUCCAGGAUACCAAAAAUGAGACAUCUUUAAAGGCAAAUUUUGCUGCCGCUGGGAGUUUUGUGGAUAAGUCAGUAGUGGAUGGGAUAAAUAAUGAGAGGGACAAUAAUGGGAAUGUGGGGUUCAGCUUGAGAAUGUUUUCGACGGUUAGGCUCGAAGCGAAGGCAUGGCCGACGCGAAAAAGGUCGCUGAAGGUGUUUUGCGAGGAUUUGGCUGUUGCAUUUCCGAGUAAUGGGAGAUCGGGGACAUUAACCAGUGGCCCGAAGCAGUGUCGUGUUGGGUUUUGAGUUAAUAUAUAACAGACGCAAGAAAACCAUAAGGGCAGAAAAGGAAAACAACUCAGAGAUACUUAACCAGCACGUGGGAGCCCCUAAAGUCGUUAGCAACGUUGUUAUGGAGCCAGGUCUAUAAAACAGAGCUAGAGGGAAGAGAAAAGAUAUGCAGAGAAUUGGUGGAAACAUAUAGGAGAGCAUUGGCCUCUCUAAAGCCAAAUAACCAUUUGUUUCAUUUCAAUUUCUUUACUGUUAAAUUCCUUUAAUAGCGAAAGGCACUCUGUCACUGUUUUCUAUAUAUUUUACUGUGCUACAGUUCUUCAAUUACAGAAUAUAAGUCCUCCUCUACAUAUACUAGUGUUUUGUCUUGGUUUUGCUGUGAAUUGUUAUCUGCAGAAACCAGCCACUGGUGUAGGAGUGUAACAGUUUCAUUAUUAGGUGUUUGUAUACCUUUAAACUAUCCUAAUACUGCUUUGACAUGUUUCAAAUGCCACUUCUUUUGACAUCAUACUAUUAUCUCUAUCGUAUUUUCAUUCAAAUUGAAAAUUCACUUGGUUCUUUUUUGUUUUCACAUUGCAUAUUUCGCUAUCUGCAAAACACUGCUAACCUGUCUAUACCCUAUUUUUGUUCCUCCAAAAUUCUAUAUAAAAUUCACUUGUUUUUCUCCUUACAUGUUCCACUACCUCCCUUCAAAACUGUAGUAUCAUGUGAUGCUAUUUAAAGAGUAUACGAAGCUAAGGUCUUCUGUAUUGUUCAUCGAUUUCUUUUCUCUUAGUCCACUCCUUUUGCUAAGUUUAUUGCUAAGGUUUUGUAAUUUCCCAAAAUAAUGAGGAACAUGUGGUAAAUGCUGGUCUGGGUUAUUUAGUUAUUGCUAUGAAAGAGAUUUAUGUAGAGUGAGUUUGUUCUAUUUGGGCUGUAUUUUAUGAUUAAUUAAUUUUAUUGCAAUUUGUUAGUUAUUAUUAUUUUUUUUAAAGAUGGCUGCAUAUUGAAAGGUUGUUACCCUCUUGAUAAGUAACUUGCCUUUUAUUCCCUAUAUGUAUACGACAUUCAACGUCGUAAGUUUGCUUAAUACAGACCUGCAUGUCCUGAAAGGCCAUCACUAUUAUUCUACUGUACGGAUUUUUUUCCUAGCCAUAUAGAGUAGAAGAAUUUUCAAGAUGAUUGACUUUUAUGACAAUUUAAUUAUAGUGUGACAUGUAUGUUGCAAUAAACACAAAUCCUGUUAAGUUUCCUUAUUAGUGAGUCCUAAAGAACCAUUCAUGUAUUGGUUGCUUACUGCUUGUACUACUUAAAGAAUAUUUUUGGUUCUCUGAAUUUCUAAUGGAUUCUGAAUUGGCACUAGGUAUCAAUUCUUGUUUUCUCUCGAUAGUGAAUUUUUCUGUUCUCUUGUUAUAUUUAAUAGGGAAAAUUGCAGUUGAGAUACCAAACUUUUCGUUUAUUAGCAGACUUUGCCCAAA